GGGUAGGGCGGCUGGGGGGCUGACCACGGCAAGUGGAUGUCAGAGUACGACCAGUACUGAGAGGGCACUUACUCUAAACCCCAUCCCAUCCGCAGAUGGGGACACCGGGGCCCAGGAAGAGGACGGGACUUGCCCAAGGUCCCAGGGCUGGGGAGGCCGAUCCCACCUGAACCCUGGUUUAGCGCCCCCUGGCGGGCCGGGGGCUCCCAGAAGCGAGGGUGCCCUGACCCGCGAGGCGCAGGCUGAGGGUGACCCAGCGGCCCGCGCGGCUGUCCCAGACACUGUGACACUGGACAGGAAUAAUCCGUCAGGACCCAGAGGCCCAGGCCAGGAGCCGCCUCCCCCCAGCGACGUGCUGGGGCGGCGAAGGAAGAAGCCCAGGCCCACCGGGGCCGCUCGAAAAGAGCCGAACGAGAGUAGCUUGGAGGCCUGGGUCCCUGUGCGCUGUGACCCAGGUGGCCCUCCUCGCACAGGGCGCGUUGGGCUGAACACAGAUCCCCUGCUGCGGCGUGCGCGCAGGACGAGGGACGGCGGCCGGGCGCGCGGCUGGACUUCGGCGCGGCUUCCCCAGGGUGCGACCCCCCGGCGCGCCCGCCGCGCGAGGAUGAGGGCGCGGCCGCAGGUCUGCCAGGCGCUGCUCUUCGCCCUGGCGCUCCAGACCAGCGUGUGCUAUGGCAUCAAGUGGCUGGCGCUGUCCAAGACCCCGGCGGCCCUGGCGCUGAACCAGACGCAGCACUGCAAGCAGCUGGAGGGCCUGGUGUCUGCGCAGGUGCAGCUGUGCCGCAGCAACCUGGAGCUCAUGCACACUGUCGUGCACGCCGCCCGCGAGGUCAUGAAGGCCUGCCGCAGGGCCUUCGCCGACAUGCGCUGGAACUGCUCCUCCAUCGAGCUCGCCCCCAACUACCUGCUUGACCUGGAGAGAGGGACCCGGGAGUCAGCCUUCGUGUAUGCGCUGUCGGCGGCCGCCAUCAGCCACGCCAUCGCCCGGGCCUGCACCUCCGGCGACCUGCCCGGCUGCUCCUGCGGCCCCGUCCCAGGUGAGCCACCCGGGCCCGGGAACCGCUGGGGAGGAUGUGCGGACAACCUCAGCUACGGGCUCCUCAUGGGGGCCAAGUUUUCCGAUGCUCCUAUGAAGGUGAAAAAAACAGGAUCCCAAGCCAAUAAACUGAUGCGUCUACACAACAGUGAAGUGGGGAGACAGGCUCUGCGCGCCUCUCUGGAGAUGAAGUGUAAGUGCCACGGGGUGUCUGGCUCCUGCUCCAUCCGCACCUGCUGGAAGGGGCUGCAGGAGCUUCAGGAUGUGGCCUCAGACCUCAAGACCCGCUACCUGUCGGCCACCAAGGUAGUACACCGACCCAUGGGCACCCGCAAGCACCUGGUGCCCAAGGACCUGGACAUCCGGCCUGUGAAGGACUCGGAGCUGGUCUAUCUGCAGAGCUCCCCUGACUUCUGCAUGAAGAACGAGAAAGUGGGCUCCCACGGGACGCAGGACAGGCAGUGCAACAAGACAUCACAAGGCAGUGACAGCUGCGACCUCAUGUGCUGUGGACGCGGCUACAACCCCUACACCGACCGCGUCGUGGAGCGGUGCCACUGCAAGUACCACUGGUGCUGCUACGUCACCUGCCGCAGGUGCGAGCGCACCGUGGAGCGCUACGUCUGCAAGUGAGGCCACGUCCCUCUUGGGGCCCCGGGAGGCCAGUCCAGGGCCCUGGCGCCACCCCGCGGACUCUGGCUUGUGAUGCCAGUGCGUGGAAGGAGGCGAGGCAUGCGCUUCGCUUCCACUUGGAAGCCACCCGGCGCCGAAGGCCCGGCCACCCGGGGAAGGAGGGCCAGGACAUCAAAGGAAGCCGACAAGAUUAAAAAUAACCUGGCAGCCCAAGGCCCCGGAGGGCCCACUUGCUGCCUUCCAGGCGAGUCUAAAACGCCAAGGGCGUGGGUUUGGCAAGACUGCUAUGGACCCGACCUUUCACAGCCAGAGACACCAGCCUCCUGGGGAGUGACGGGAGGGGUCGGCCUGCCCUCCCCAGAAUGUUCUGCAGGCCUAGCCCUCGAGACCCACCCCCCCACGCACCCCCAGAGUCCGUGCCUGCUGGGCCCACCACAUGGAACCACUAGCUUGGGUUGUAAAUGUUUCUAUGUUUUGUUUUUGUUUUUGUUUUUUUUUCUUUCUCUGGGAUAUGGGAGCUACAGAAAUAUUUAUAAAACAUAGCUUUUUUCUUUGGGGUGGCUGGCCUCAAUUCUUCUUUAUAUAUUUUAUAUAUAUAAAUAUAUAUAUAUGAUGAUGAUCUAUAUUUUAAACAAGCUUUUUAAACAGCUGUAUGAAAUAAAUGCUGGGAACCCCAGCCUGCCCCUGCA